CGCGUCGACAAUGGGAUUAAAUGUCAUUGAUGAAAUUCCUCGUUUAAUUGCUUGAGAACUACUCUCGUUUAGCCAAUUCAAUGAAAGCCACAAACUUUCCGUCGCACUUAACGCGCUUUUUAUUUUUUGGAACAGGCGGAUAAGGUCAGAUGUCUUUUCUUUUUUAAAGUUUUGAAUCUUCUUCAUCGUGCCAUGCAACUUGAGGGGCAAAAGUCAACGGUCAGAUCUAAGCAGCUUUGUGCCGUUGGAUAUAUAGAACUGUGUCGCUGAUUUGUCCGUUCAGGUCGCUUACCUACACAACCUGUCUGUCUGCUGAAACAACCUCACCUCUAUUAAGCACUCAGGCACAAGCUGGUCUAAACCGCCGAGGUGCAGGAAACCAGUUUAAACUAUGAUAGAAUUAGUCUGGGUGCUUCUACAUAUUUGAAGGAGACACUAACUGCAUUGCUUGAAUUUCAGAGUCAUUUUCUUGGGAAAUCGGAAAGCGCUUUCAGAAAACAUUUGUCUCUACGACUCUCCGCGGGUCUGGUGCUGAUCUCCUGCAACAACAAAACCAUCAGUCCUGGAUGGGUCUCACUCAAGAAGAGGAAACUUAGCGAUUUUAGCACAGACCAGACACCGGACCACGCGUGCUGCAGGACGACCGGGAAUAAUGCAUAGAUGAAACCCCGUUCCAGUAACGCCGUUCUCGCACGGAAAAGGCGUCGCAGAGGGAAUUUGUCUCCGGGCGACAAUGUCAGACAACUUCACCGAUUUCGAAUUCAACAGCACGACGCAGCCGGUGGCUGCUGCCGUGGCUCCAGACUACAACUUUCCAGCUCUUAUAUUCGGGAUAUUGCUAAUCAUUGUGAUUAUCGGUGGAAAUGUGCUUGUGUGUCUUAGUGUUUACAUGGAAAAAGCUUUAAAAACUACAACAAACUAUUUCAUUGUGAGUUUGGCUGUUGCGGACCUACUCUUGGCAGUGCUGGUGCUGCCGCUGUUCGUGUUUGCAGAGUUCCAGGGUGGUGUGUGGUCCCUGGACAUGAUGCUGUGUGACGGUCUGAUGUCCAUGGAUGUGAUGCUGUGCACAGCCUCCAUCUUCAACCUCUGUGCCAUCAGCGUCGACAGGUUCAUUGCUGUGUCAAUCCCUCUGAACUACAACAGGAAGCACGUUGACCAGCGUCAGAUCAUCCUGCUGUCAGGCACCUGGCUCAUAGCCCUGGCCGUGGCUUCCCCAGUCAUGUUGGGUAUCAACAACAUCCCACACCGGGACCCCACCGAGUGUAAACUGGAAGAUGACAACUACGUGGUUUACUCCUCUGUCUGCUCCUUCUUCAUCCCCUGUCCCAUCAUGCUCCUCCUCUACUUCGGCAUGUUCCGGGGCCUGAAGAGGUGGGAGGAGGCGCGCAAGGCCAAGCUGAGGAACAGCAUCCAGACGUGCAGGAAGCUUCAGCAUGCAGCCGCCGCCGCCGCCAUGCCGACCUCGGGGACCAUCCCCGGGCCGCUGCCCAUGCCCCUGCCCAGGAUCAUCGAGAGGGACCUGGCUCAGGCCCGGCUGGGGCUGGAGGAUACCGAUGACUAUCUGCAGCCGGACUGCCCCCCGUUCCCCUCGGCGUACAGGGAGAGGAUCAGCUCCGUACCGUCUAUCUCCUACCAGCAGAAGCCGCCGCAGAAGAGGAAGCGAGCCAAGAUCAACGGCAGGGAGAGGAAGGCCAUGAGGGUUCUUCCUGUUGUGGUGGGUUGCUUCCUGUUCUGCUGGACGCCGUUCUUCGUCGUCCACACCACCCGGGCCCUGUGUGCUACCUGCUACAUCCCGCAGGCCCUGAUAAGCACCGUCACCUGGCUGGGCUACGUCAACAGCGCCCUCAACCCCAUUAUCUACACGGUCUUCAACACGGAGUUCAGGAAGUUCUUCAAGAAGUCCCUCCACUCAUUCAGCUGCUGCUGACGUCAGCCCCGCACCGCAGGGACAAUGGUAGCGCUAACCGUACGCUCACAGAAGGCGUGUACUACUGCACAGGCAUUUCCAAGGGCCAGGGGUGGGCUCAGUUCAGAAGGUACACAAAACAAAAAAUGUCCAAUUAUCUUCAAUGCUUUUCGGUGAGGAGAAUGUGGAAUUGGAAUUUGGUUGACAUUCUUAAUUGUCUGGGGAUGGCCCAGGGCUAAAUCUGUAUGUAUUGCUCUGGGGUGGCCAACCCUCCUGGACAGCUACUUAGUGAACAGGUUUUUGCUCCAACCCUACCCUAAACAGAUUGACCAGCUGAUUCAACAGGGAUGGAGCCAGCACACCCUGUAGAUCUCCAGGAGGAGGUUACAAGUUAAACCUUUAUUUAACUUGGCAAGUCAGUUAAAGAACACAUUCUUAUUUACAAUGACGGCCUCCCGGGGAUCAGUAUGUUAACUGCUUUGCUCAGGGGCAGAACAACCCUUGUCGGCUUGGGGAUUCGAUCCAGCAACCUUUAGGUUACUGACCCAACGCUCUAACCACUGGACUACCUGCUGGUUACUGACCCAACACUCUCACCACU